AUGAGGUGUGCGCUUUGUGACCGCCUAUUUGGCAGCCAGGUUGCUCUUAACCAACAUCUACGUGAUUCACCAGCACAUGCUGCAUCAUACGAGUGUGAGCUCUGUAAUCGCACAUUUACCAGCCAGGAUGCUCUUCAACAGCAUCUACGUGAUUCACCCGUACAUUUCGAACUACCUGGCACCCCUCUGGACAUGUUUUUCCAGACCUAUUCAAAAUUUACAUUUGACCCAUCUCUGCCGCCGAAUGAAUCAUAUUUGCGUUUACAAAGGUUCUAUGGUUGGCGUAGAGGCGAUGAGGAAUCAGAAAGAGCUUGGAAUAAUUUCCAAACCGCUCUUACUGAGGAGUUCAAGCUCUGGUUUGGGGCAGAAGAUGACCUGUGUUCUUGGCAUUCGCUUUGUCGCGCUGUGAGGGUAGAUCCUUUACCGAAAACCUGUCGAGAUUGCGAGAAGGCUGUGAGAGGAUUGUAUGUUAAUAUUGUCGACCUGAUUGACUGGGCUCGUUGUGAGGGGGCUAAGGGUGAGGUACGGCUCUUCCGUACCUUAGAAGAGCUGAGAGAAUAUACCCAAAAAAGUCGCAAAAUCUUUUACAACAAUCUUGAACAGACAGGAAGUGGAAAUGUCGUUCUUAGACACUUACUCCGGUCCAUAUUUUAG